AUGAAACUAUCUUCCCUUCCCAUAGCGAUCAUAACAAUUUUGCUAUCAAUUGUUCACGCAACUUCAGAUUCCUCAUCCCUUGAUAACUUCCUUCAAUGUUUUCCAAACCAUAUUUCCCAAUCCUCUACUCCAAUCUCUUCACUGAUUUUUACACCAGACAAUCGCUUAUUCACAUCUCUCUUGCUCAAUCGUACAUCUAACCGUAGAUACACAACACCCACAACACCAAAACCUCUGGCCAUCGUAGCUGCUCAAAAUCCAUCACAUGUUCAGGCCACAAUAAUAUGUGCCAAGUCCCAUGGCCUGCAGAUUCGUAUUCGAAGUGGAGGCCACGAUUACGAAGGCCUUUCGUAUGUCUCACAAGUUCCCUUCAUUGUUCUUGACAUGUUUGAUCUUAAUUCUAUUCAGAUUGACAUAAGAAACGAGACAGCACUGGUUCAGGCAGGAGCAACAAUGGGAGAAGUGUACUACAAUGUUGCUAAAGAAAGUCACGUCCAUGCCUUCCCAGCCGGUAUCGGGCUCACUUUAGGAGCUGGUGGACAUAUUUCUGGUGGAGGCUAUGGAAAUUUGAUGAGAAAAUAUGGUCUUUCAAUUGAUAAUAUCGUUGAUGCUGAACUUGUUGAUGUUAAUGGAAGAAUUCUUAACAGGAAGACGAUGGGAGAAGAUCUAUUUUGGGCCAUAAGAGGAGGUGGGGCUGCGAGUUUUGGGGUUGUUCUUUCGUGGAAGAUCAGGUUGGUUUCUGUGCCUCCCCAAGUGACUGUGUUCGGAGUCAAGAAGACUUUGGAAGAAGGUGCGGCUGAUCUUCUUUACAAAUGGCAACUCAUUGCGAGUGAAUUAGACGAAGACUUGUUCGUAAGGGUAAGGUCUUUAGUCAUCAAUGGAAUUCAAGAGGGUAAGAAGACGAUAAGGGUUUUCUUCAUUGGCCAGUUCUUAGGGAAAAUCGAUAGGUUAGUAUCUUUGAUGAACAAGAGCUUCCCAGAAUUAGGUCUAAAAGAAAGUGAUUGCACUGAAAUGCCUUGGGUGAAUUCAACUCUUUUCUGGGCUGAUUACCCAAUUGGAACCUCACUUGAUGAGUUACUAGCACAGCACAAACGACCAACAGAGUUCUUCAAAAGCAAAUCAGAUUACGUGAAAGAGCCUAUUCCAAAGAGUGCAAUAGAAUCCAUGUGGAAGCUGAUGAUUGAAGGUGAGAAAAUGAGGAUGGAAUGGAAUCCUUAUGGUGGAAAGAUGCAUGAGAUUUCACCAUCAGAAACUCCAUUUCCUCACAGAGCUGGAAACUUGUUUCUGGUUCAAUACUAUACUCAUUGGGACGAAGAAGGAGUUCAAGAGAUUAAUCAUUAUAUGAAAUUUUCAAGGUUGGUUUACGAAUUUAUGGCCCCCUAUGUUUCGAAAUCUCCGAGGGAGGCUUUCCUUAACUAUAGAGAUCUUGAUAUCGGGGCCAAUCCUAGUAAUGCGACAAGCAUGGAAGCUGCGAAUAUUUAUGGGAGAAAGUAUUUUAAGGACAAUUUCGAAAGAUUAGUCCAAGUGAAAACCUGGGUUGAUCCAGACAAUUUCUUCAAACAUGAACAGAGCAUACCACCUCAUCUCUUGCAGUUACAAAACUGA